GCCGCCGCCAUGUUCGUGCAGGAGGAGAAGAUCUUCGCGGCGCCGGUGCUGCGGCUCCGCAUCUGCGCCCUGGACGGGGCCGAGUGGCUGGAGGAGGUGGCCGACGACACGGCGGUGGAGCGGCUCAAGGAGCGCUGCCUCAAGCACUGUGUGCCUGGGAGCUUGGAGGAUCCAAAAAGUGUAACACAUCAUAAAUUGAUCCAUGCUGCUUCAGAGAAGGUGUUGAGCGACACAAAAACCAUCUUGGAGGAAAACAUUAAAGACAGAGAUGUUUUAGUGCUGAUGAAGAAGAGAGCUCCUCCUGCCCCUCCCAAAAUGUGUGAUGUUUCUGAAGAAGAAAAGCGGAAGCUGGAACAGAAAGCUCCAGAUAAAGAGGCGAUUCUGAAAGCAACCACCAGCCUCCCAUCCCACAGCAUAGACCGCAGUGUGGCUCACCACAGCAUGAGGGAUUUCCAGACAGAGCUUCGGAAGAUCUUAGUCUCUCUUAUAGAAGUUGCGCAGAAAUUGCUAGCGUUGAACCCUGAUGCAGUGGAACUGUUUAAGAAGGCAAAUGCCAUGUUGGAUGAAGAUGAAGACGACAGAGUGGAUGAGAUUGCCUUGCGCCAACUGACAGAAAUGGGGUUUCCAGAGAGUAGAGCUGUCAAAGCUCUUCGUUUAAGCCACAUGUCCGUGACUCAGGCCAUGGAGUGGCUAAUUGAGCAUGCAGAUGACCCCGCGGUUGAUGCCCCUCUGCCAGGUCAGUUCUUGGUUGAAAGUGCAGUAGGAACAGAUGCACCCGGCACUCAAGCCGUUGCUGGGGCUAGCCUUGAUGUGAACAGAGAAGAGCCGAAGGAUGAGCUGACAGAAAUAUUCAAGAAGAUACGCAGGAAAAGAGAGUUUCGUCCUGAUCCACGGGUCAUCAUUGCCUUGAUGGAGAUGGGCUUUGAUGAGAAAGAGGUGGUGGAUGCACUCAGAGUGAACAACAACCAGCAAAAUGCAGCAUGUGAAUGGCUGCUGGGAGACCGGAAACCCACUCCUGAGGAUUUAGACAAGGGAAUUGACCCUUCCAGUCCCCUCUUCCAAGCCAUCCUAGAAAACCCAGUGGUACAGCUGGGUCUAACAAAUCCUAAAACACUACUUGCCUUUGAAGAUAUGCUUGAAAAUCCCUUAAAUAGUACUCAGUGGAUGAAUGAUCCAGAAACGGGGCCUGUCAUGUUACAGAUUUCUCGUAUUUUCCAGACACUCAACCGUACAUAGAAGGGGCAGCGCUGUCCAUUCUACCAGUUUUGGACUCUGAUCUUGGCUUUGCAGUUUCUGAACAACAGGAAGCACCA